AUGUAAAAUAUGGAUUUAGAUUUUGAGUAGUUCUAGCGAUAUAUGCAAUCGGAGAAUACUCAAUAAUAGAAGCAUGAUUAAAAAGGGAAUGAAAAAGAUAGGGAUCGUGGACAUGAUAAAAACAAAGAUAAACAUUACAAAGAUAAUAAUAGGGAAAAAGAGAGAGAAAGAGAGAGAGAUAAGGACAAAGAUAGAGAGAGGGAUAAAAGUGCUGAGAAGAAGAAGAAAAAGAAGGAUGAAAAAAAAGAUAAAAAAAAGUAUGUUGAUCAAUAUUACAUAAAAUUAGAAGAUCAAGGUCUGCUUCAAGAUCUUCGAAGAAAAAAAAAAGCAAAAAGGACAAGGAAAGAGAAAAAGACAAGGAUAAGGAUAACUAAUAAUAAGUUAUCACUUCGCAAUUGCUUAUGACAAGUGACAUACAAAAAAAGAGGGAGAUUGCAAAACAAAGAAAAAUAGAAAUUAUGGAGGCAGAAAUCAGAGAAUUGGAGAGAAAGAUUGUAGAAGUUGAAAGAGAGUUAGAAGAAGCACAUAGAUAAGAUUUAACAGUACUCAUGUAUUGUUUGCCACUUAAAGCAAAAGAAAAACACAUCUAUUAGUUCUUUUAAACAGUAACAUACUAUUAAAUUUGAUUAGUUCAAUUGUGGUAAAAUUAGGGAUAUUAGAAUUAUUAGAGAUUAGAAAUCCGGAAGAUCCAGAGGGGUGGCUUAUGUGGAAUUUUAUUAAGAAGAAUCUAUACCUAUGGCAUUAGCACUAAAUGAUCGUUUAUUUAUUAUGGAUGGAUAAUAAGUAGGAACUAUUCCUGUUAAAAUACAAUUAAGUUAAGCAGAAAAAAACAGAGCUGCAAGAGAUUAGAAAAACAUGCAAAUUAAAUAAAAUAAAUUGCAAAACAUCUAAGAUUUAUAAAAUAUGAAUGGACCAGCAAGAGUGUAAAUUACAGGCAUGGCAGAAUAAUUAUAAAGAAUUAAUGAAGAAGAUAUCAGAGAAGCCUUUGUUCCAUUUGGAACAAUAGAAACAGUUGAAAUUCCAAAGGAUGAGUCAGGUAGAAUGACAGGAGUUUUAUAUGUUACCUAUGAGAAGGCUGAGUCAGCAAGGAAUAUGAUAGAAGUAAUAAAUAAUUAGCCAUUUUUAUUAAAUGGAAAACCAAUUAAAGUUUAAUUAGUCUCUGGUGCCAAUAAUUAUAUGGAUUUAUAAUUAGAUGAUGAUCUAGUUUAAAAUCCAGUUAUGAGAAUAACAUUGAUGAAAAAAUUGAUGGAUGACAGUCUUAUAGAUAAUGUAUUAAAAAAAUGAUUUUUAGAUAAACUUACCUCCUUUAAUGACAUAAUUAGGACUAACAGUUUAAAGAAUUUUGAAUAUAAUCUAAUCUCCUAAUCCGACAUUAGGUUGUAUUUCUGGAUGGAUGCCUCUUAAACACAAUCCUCCAGCCUGUCCUUGCACUACAAAGGUUAUUGUCUUAACAAAUAUGUGGACAGAUCUUGAGAUUUCCAAUUAAGCUGCAAUUGUUGAAUUAAAAGAAGAAGUAGAAAGUAUUUUAUUUUAUAAUAAUCCUUUUUAUAGAUGAAUGUAAGAAAUAUGGAGAAGUAGAAAUGGUUUGGGUAGACAAAAAAAAUGAAGGUAAUGUAAUCAUUGUUUUUAAAUAAUGGGAAGCGGCUAAAUAAGUAAAUGUUUUAAUGAACAACAGAAAAUUUGGAAAUAAAGUUGUGUAAAGCUAUUUCAUAACAGAGAGUCAAUUCAUGAGCAUCAUUAAAUGA